AUGUCACGUUUACUACUGUUCCUUGCUCUGCUGGUCAUCACCAGUUGUACGAUUCGCCACCGAAAGUUCGAUCAUGGACGACGAAAUGUGAUGUCUGUACCAUUGUCGCGUCAGCCAACACUUCGUGAACGGCUACUUAGCUCUGGAAACUGGGCAGAUUAUCAACGACAACGAAAUCACUAUCAAAAGAAAUUGUUCGCAAAGUAUGAAGCGAACAAACCAGAAAAGCUACACUCAUCAUCGGAAAUUGACGAACUUCUUCGAAAUUACAUGGAUGCCCAGUACUUUGGUACUAUUCAAAUCGGAACACCAGCACAAAACUUCACAGUUAUCUUUGACACUGGUUCAUCGAAUUUAUGGGUCCCGUCUAGAAAAUGUCCAUUCUAUGACAUUGCCUGCAGUGAGUUCUUAUUUUUAUACAGCAUAUAA